AUGUUAAGAUCUAGAAUAGGUAUAACUAGACACUUCAGUAGAAGUAUUCCAAUCUACCAAGGUCAGCAGUCACCUAUGAAGGUGUUCUUUGAUACUUUUAAGAAAGAAGUACAAAAAUCUUCGGAAUUAAAAGAAAAUAUCAAAGCUCUUCAAGAUGAAACUGGUAGAUUAGGUGAAAGUGAUGCUUUCAAGAAAGCCAAAGAAGCCUAUGAUAAAGCUCAAAAGGGAGGUAGUGCUGCUGGUAAGAUAGCUUCUAAAGCUGCCGAACAAGUAGGAGAUGUUGCAUAUAAAGCAUGGGAAAGUGACGUUGGUAAAGGAGUCAGAAAGACCGUCAAAGUUGGGGCCGAAGUAGCUGAUAAAGCCUUUGAACCUGUUAGAAAGACCACUGUAUAUAAAAACGUUAGUGAGGUCAUUGAUGAUGGUUCCUCAACUGCUUAUGGUGGGUUCUUGACCAAAGAACAAAGAGAAAGAUUAAGACAAAAGGAAUUACAAGAAAGAAUUAAAAGUGGAAAAGUCUGGAGACCAGUCCAAGAUGAAGAAAAUCAAAGAACUGAUUUAGUUGCCACCGAACACAAAGUCCAAGGACCUAAAAUCAGUGAAAAAUGGGAAAACUUCAAAUUAACUUCGCCUGUUGGAAAAGGAUUUGUAUUACUUAAAGAAAAAUGGGAAGAUAGUGAAAAUGGAUUAAUUUCAUUAGUAAGAACUGUCAUUGAAAAAGUUGUUGGAUUCUUUGCUGAAACUGAACAAGCCAAAGUUAUCAAACAAUUCAGAGCUAUGGAUCCAAAUUUCAGAUUGACUGAUUUCCAAAAGACUUUAACCAAUUACAUAGUUCCAGAAUUAUUGGAUGCCUAUGUCAAAAACGAAGAAGAAACUUUAAAGAAUUGGUUAAGUGAAGCUCCUUUCAAUGUUUGGAAAGCCACCAACAAACAAUUUGUUCAACAAGGUGUUUUCUCUGAUUCUAAAAUCUUGGAUAUCAGAGGAGUUGAAAUCGUUACUUGUAAAUUAUUACAACCAAGUAACGUUCCAGUUGUCGUUGUUAGUUGUAGAGCUCAAGAAAUCCAUUUAUAUAGAAACGUUAAAAGUGGUAAAGUAGCUGCAGGUACUGAAGAUAACAUUCAAUUGAGUACUUAUGCCAUGGUUUUCACCAGAAACCCUGAAGAAUUCGCUAAUGAAGUUACUGAUGGAUGGAAGGUUCUUGAGUUUGCACGUGGAGGUUCAAGACCUUUCCAUUAA